GCUUUCACAAGUACCCCAAACCCCAAAGUUUCCGAAUAUCAAAAUUUAUCCACACACAGUUAUACCACCAAAAAAAGUCGACAAAAUGGGUAUCUGUGUAUACUACCCCAUCGGUCGUUGUGUAGCUGGAGACCAAUGUCACGACAAGCAUACAGGUCCUUACCAGCCAUACCCAUGCAAGCACUUCGUCUUCUAUGGCGAAUGCAAGUGGGGACUGGACUGUCGAUUCGGACACCCGGCUCGCAUUCAUGCAGAGAACCCUGAACCUACUCGUCCUGCUUGCAAGAACUUCCUUUCAAGACGUGGAUGUCAGUAUGGAUGGAAGUGUCACAGCCACCAUCCAGUUGCGACAGAAAAGGGAGCUUCUAGUGCCACGCUAGCGCUUCCUACAUCUCAAUUUACCAUGGCUACGCCGGGGAUUUUGAAGGCGGCAAGAACUGCCAAUGCCAAGUCGGCUAAGGCAAAGCCUGCCGAUACAACAGUUGCUCCUUUGAGGAACUUUCGCUCUGCUCGACUUUUUCUACAGAAAUCUCGAGUCGCCACCAUCACACCGACUGUUUCAAGCAUCAAAGAUGCUGUCAACGUGGAUUCUUCCUAUGAGGUCCCUGCUGGCAAGAUUCCUGCUCCGUUCAUGGGUCCAAGUUCUCUUGAGAUUACUUUACCACCCACAGAGUGUAUAUUUUUUUCAAACGAUACGAGUGAUACUGGUGCUAUCAGCACUGGCUCUUCUUACGACCAGCUAGAUGGCACAGUCACAACUCCAUCAAAAAGCUCUGGCUCUCCCCCUGGAUCUCCAUCCUUCCAGGUACUCACACCUGCUUCGACCAACAUUGGAAACGCAGAUGAUAUUGGCUAUAUGUCUUCAACCGACACCAUUCCAAUGAGCGAUGAUUCCGAGCUAGUCCGAUCUGCAACUCGAAGCCCAUCGCCCGUAGAUGACUCGCAUGACACUUCGAUAUCUACCGUCUCAGAUGAAUCAUCUACUUUAGCCAAGCUAAUUCAACUUGACUCAGAAUCAACUCUAGCUGAUAACGCUAACGUCGCUACAUUGUCCGAAGCUCUAGAAAAUGAACUAAUCACACCAUUGUCUAACGCACCAGCCUUUGCAAGUAAUCAACCAGCAUCUGGAGUUCAACUUGUUGAUCAAGGUCAUCAAGGCCACUUGCUUGAUCCUCCAGUUCAUGGAGCACCUGGCAAUAGCGGUAACAACAUUACGAUACCCAGCAUUCCUAUCGAAGCGUCGACUGCUUCAUCAUAUAUAGCACCAACAGAAUCUUUUGUUGACCCCGAACAAGCAUCUGUGGCUCAAUAUACCAACCGAGUCUCAUCGCCGAACAAAUCUGCCCAGACGAUCGUAGUUGCACCCGUGGAAGAAAAUCAAAUUUCUGUAAUGGAGCAUGUUCCUACUGAAUAUCAAUCAGCUAUGGAUAAGCUGUCCCGUGUAGUCGUAGACUGGUCGGUCGCAUCGGAAACCUCGAAUCUUGAGUUGUUGUCAGGACCUGGCAUGCACGACUGUCAGAUGAGCUACACUGAAAUCUUAUGUACAUGGCCCCAAGAAUGGGAUGUACCAGCCAUCGACAUGAUCAACACUCUGGUUCAUCUCGCAUCAACCUGGGGAGAGCUUGCCGUAUUCCAGCCCAUUCAUCGCAACAUGGGCUCCUGGCAUUCCCUCCAAAUCAGAUUUCGCCACCGCCACGAGGCUGCUGCUGCUGCCGCCGCAAUGAAUGGUCAUCUAAUUACCGCGGUUGGUGCAUACAUGAGUAUUCCGGUGACAGUUAGUCAUCAAAUCGAAGUGCAAUACUUGAUACCCCGAUACAUCGUCGAUUCACUCGGUCGCACGAAUCAAGGAAUUCUUCAUCAAAUAUACGGACAUAACUCUUGCCAGCUACAUUUGGAUGAUUCAUACCGUGUUGAUCAUUCUGGCAAGAAACUCAUGGAGGUGAAAAUCAUGGGUACAUGCGAGAAGCAAGUUGCGCGAUGCAAGGCGGUUCUCGAGGAUCUCCUUAGGGGCAGAGUGUUGACUCACGAGGAAGGUGACAAUAGACCUCUGUGGCACAAAUUCUUCAAGACAGAGGAGGGAGCAAAGUGGAUCCGAAAAACGUUGACCAAUGUCUUCGAUAUGAAAGCCCGGGUGUCAAAGAUUGCUAAUUUAGAUAUCCUCAUGGUUUAUGGAUCAAGUGAGUGGUCAAGAGCUCGAUUUGGAGAACUGGUUAAGAAGAAAAUUGCGGAGUUGGAGAAGGCUGCCAUAGUUACGGCUAUUGUUUCAGAAGAAUUAAGAUUGAUGAGACUAAGGAUUAAGGGUUAAAGGAUGGAGAGUUUAGGAAUGUCUUUGGGUAGCUUCCUUUGUCAUGAUUUAUUGAUAGAUUAUAUUCUUAUAUGAUGGUUCUAGUGAAUCUGUUUGACUAUUCUACCUUAAAGACUAUGAAAUACAUUGAAGUGCUGAGCAAUUUUCAAUUGGGUAAAUAUACCUAAGUAGAUUCAUCACA